AUGAGCUCAGACCAGCAGCAACUGGGCUGGGGUCGUGUCCUGACGCUGCUGCUGGGGCUGAGGAAGGAGAAUGAGUCACUUUGGGAGGUUCUGGAGAGCGUCCUGCUGCUGGUGGUGGUUUUGGGAGGGCCCAGGCUGCAGUACCUCCUGGAACCCCUCCACCCCGUGGUGCAGACCCAGCGCGGGGCCACGGCCACCCUGCCCUGCGUCCUGCGCGCCCUGCCCGGCAACUACCGGGUGAAGUGGAGCAAGUUGGAGCCCAGCAACUAUGGGGAGAACAUCAUCCUGAUCACCAACGGCUUCUACCACAAGAACUACGGGCCCCUGAGCCCCCGGGUGAGGCUGAGGCGCAGCCACCGCUACGAUGCCUCCCUCACCAUCACCCAGGUGGCCCUGGAGGACGAGGGCAGGUACCGGUGCCAGUUGGUCAACGGGCUGGAGGAUGAGAGCGUCUCCCUCACCCUCCACCUGGAAGGUGUUGUCUUCCCCUACCAGCCCAGCAAUGGGCGCUACAAGUUCAACUACCACGAAGCCAAGGGAGCCUGUGAGCAGCAGGACUCCCGCCUGGCCACCUACCAGCAGCUCUACAAAGCCUGGACGGAGGGUCUGGACUGGUGCAAUGCUGGGUGGAUCCUUGAUGGGACUGUCCACUACCCCAUCAUCAACUCAAGGGAACCCUGUGGUGGUCGCCUCCUCCUGCCAGGUGUCCGUACCUACGGGGCCAGGGACAAGCAGAAGGACAGAUUCGAUGCUUUCUGCUUCACCUCUGCUCUUCAAGGCCACGUCUACUUCAUCCGUGGCCACCUGAACUUCAAGGAGGCCACCCAAGCCUGUCGCAACCAGGGAGCUGCCGUGGCCAAGGUGGGGCAGCUCUACUCAGCCUGGAAGUUCUCCCAGUUGGACCGGUGUGACGGGGGGUGGCUGGAGGACGGGAGUGUCCGUUACCCCAUCAGCACCCCCCGGCAGCGCUGCGGGGGGCUCCCCCAGCCCGGCGUGCGCAGCUUCGGCUUCCCCAGCAAGGAGCUCCGCACCUACGGGACCUACUGCUUCAGCAGGGG